AUGCUAAGACGGGCUGCUCUACCUCUCCUGAAGCCGCGACAAUUUCAAUCUGCAGUCGUCCGGCAAUCACUUCCCCAACUUCAACUGCGCUCCUAUAGCCGGCAUCCCAACCCUUCACAAGGCUACCAAGUUCCCUCGUCCUCCGAAAAGCCAUCCCCAAAAGCCAAAGCCUCUCUUCGCGACGUCCCAUCGCCGUCCACGAAUUUCACACCUCGCAAAGAGGACCAGCCCCAACCCGAAGAGACAACUUUUGGCCAAGAUCCAGCGCGUGACCUCGAUGAUGUCUCCGAGUCGGUCAACCAGGCCGGUCAACGAUCGGUCAGAGAAGACGAUAAACAAUCAGUGAAUCCCGAGGUCGAAGAAGUAGCUGAAGAGCCGCAGCAGCCCCUGCCGGACCUCACACGCGGCAUUCCGUCGACAUUGGAUGCCGAACUGAAUCAAGCACUGAGGGCCAAGCAGAAAGCAUCUUCAUCCUCAUCCAGUCUCAACAUCACUGAAGAGCCUUCGGAAGAGGUACCCUCCCCGGGUGGUCAACGACCAGGCGAUGACAUACCCCGAACCGAAUACAUCUCAUCGAGUGAUCGAAAGAAGAAUGCUGUUUUUAGGUAUAUGUACAUCGUCCUCGGUCUCGGUGCCAUUGGCUAUUCCGUCUACCUGGGCCGAAACUGGGAUACACCGGAGGAAGAAAAGGCUCACGAAGACGCACCUUCCGGUUGGGGCUUUGGCUUGUUCUUCAACAGAGUCAGGGCACGCCUCGGAUCGACCAUGAGCUACUAUCGCGAUCCUGUGACGAGAAAACUUCUACCUGACGAGGAUCCGGACCCAAAUCUGCGGUACCCCUUCACUCUCGUGGUCAGUCUCGAAGAUAUGCUCAUCCACUCGGAGUGGACCCGUGAAAAGGGAUGGAGGGUGGCGAAACGACCCGGUGUCGAUUAUUUCCUCCGUUACCUGGGAAGCUACUACGAGAUCGUGCUCUUCACCAGCCAGCCAAUGGCUAUGACAGACCAGAUUCUCCGCAAACUUGACCCCUAUUCCACCAUUCGAUGGCCGUUGUUCCGUGAGGCUACACUCUACAAGGACGGCGGUUAUGUCAAGGAUCUGUCGUAUCUAAACCGAGAUCUCAAGAAGGUCCUCAUCAUGGACACCGAUCCACAUCACGUCAAGCACCAGCCAGAGAACGCGAUCCUGCUUCCCAAAUGGACUGGCGAUCCAAAUGACCAGACGCUCAUCCAGAUGAUCCCAUUCCUGGAAUAUGUUGCGACCAUGGGGUUCGACGACGCACGAGAGGUGUUGAAAUCGUUUGAGGGCAAGUAUAUCCCGGCAGAAUUUGCCAAGAGGGAGAAGCUCCUCCGAGAAAAGUUUGAAGCCGCGCAGGCAGAGAAGAGAAAGAAGCCCAAGAAGAGCAUCGGGGGCAUCGGCGCCAUGCUGGGCCUCUCGAAACCACCUGCCGAUGCCGCUGAAGACGGUUCCCUGGAAGGCAAGAUGGUCUGGGAUCGCAUUCGAGAACAAGGUCAAAAGAACUAUAUGGAGUUUGAGAGGAAGAUCAAGGAGGAAGGCGAGAAAUGGCUGGCUGAGCGUGAGGCCGAGGAAAAGAGGAUGCAAGAAGAAGCCAUGAAGAGCGCCAUGGGUGGGUGGUUUGGCUCAUUUGUAGGAGGUGGCAAGAAGGCUACUGAAGAUCCUCCAGCUGUCGAGGAGAAGCAAUCGUGA